UGGCACCUGCUUAAUAGAUGGGGUUAUUAAUUCAUAAAACAGGCAAUGCCAUAAAUUCGUAUUUACAUUUAAAGUCUUCGUUAUCCUAAAUUAGCUCAUUCAAAUGUUGGAAAUUCACCGGCCACUAUCAUGCUGCUGCUGCCACUCUUUUUCGUUUUUCCUUCUUUGUUAGAAUUGAUGUUUGCCAUGCAAAACAGCGCUCUCUAUCGAUAUCCAACGGACCGUGUGUCGUUUGGUAAAUUCAAGCGCGAUGCCUUCUACUACCAAUGGGAAGAAAAACUUACAGCGUCCUUAGUGGAAGAUCCGUUGGACUGCACUUUCCUUUGUGUUGGUGAUCCAAAGUGUUAUUCAUUUAACAUUGCAGCGUUUUCUGACCCCAAUGGUCUUUAUAUUUGUGAGUUGUUGGCCACUGACAAGUACAGAGCAACAGGGAAGUUAUUUUCGAAUGCCACAUUCCAUCAUUUUAGUCCUUCGUCUCCAUGUGAAAGCGCACCUUGUAAGAACGGUGGUGUCUGUGUUCCUGAAUAUAAGUGGAACUCCUAUCAUUGUGACUGUAAGUCUGGAUUCUGUGGCGCUCACUGCGAACCUAGAGGAGAUAGAACCUGCAGUGAGACCAAAAAGCGUAAUCUUCCAAGUGGCUCCUACGUCAUCGACCCUGACGGAGAGGGCGGGGAGAAACCUUUCAAAGUCUACUGUGACAUGACUGACAACGGUGGUGUUGGAGUGACAGUUGUCGGUCAUGACAGUGAAAACAGAACACAGGUAAACGGGUUUGAUAGCGCUGGAAGUUAUUCGCGCAAUGUCACUUACCGUGGAGCAACUAUCUUUCAGCUGGCAAGUCUAACAGCUUCAUCUGCUCACUGUGAGCAGUUUAUAAUGUACGAGUGCUAUCAUUCGAGGCUCCUUUACAAUAAUCGUCCUAUGUUCGGCUGGUGGGUGUCGCGUGACGGUGAAAAGAUGAAGUACUGGGGAGGGGUCGACUCUGUACCAUACAAAUGCGCAUGCGGUUUGAACAACUCAUGCGCAAACCCAGGAUAUGGAUGUAACUGCGACAAAAACGACAACGUAAAACGAGAGGACAGCGGCUUCCUCACCGACAAGUCUAAGCUUCCUGUUACGCAGUUGAGGUUUGGAGAUGCUUCAGGUGCGCCUUAUGAAAUCGGAAGUCACACACUUGGAAAGCUUAGGUGUUAUGGACUCAUCUAAGACUCGCAAACAGGGCAGUCAUCGUAUGCUCGAUCUAUCUUUGUAGAGAGGCAUGUAAUUUAAUAUUCCCUCAGAAUUUCCUAUGAAAGUUGUGAAAUAAAGAAAACAGCUAAGCUUACUAUCGCACCUUCGCUCCAGUAACUGCCGGAGUUAAUGAAAGAUUCAUAUGUCAAAUGAUGUUUUUAAUUUUGUUUAAAAAUAAAAAAAGGAAUAAGUUUAAAUAAGUAAGUAAACACACUAAAACAUUUUAUCUGAAUACCUUUCGCCGAUAUAACUUAUAUUACCAGUAACGGUCUAGUUGUUGGGUUUUUUGUCACUUUCCUUUAAUAAACUUGCUAUAUGUUAACUGAAAGCUCGAAUAAAAUUGUAUCCUCGGA